GACAUUUUCCACCUCCCCCACAAUAUUCCACUUAUCAGGGGUCUCCAACGGUCCCCUCUAACCAAUAUAUUCCUCCGCAAUAUCAAAGGCCCUCAAUACCUCCACCUUCACAACAGUCUUCCAUAGAUGACUCAACAACUAUAGCUUUUGACAAUCUUGCGAUGACUCUAAGAACUGCUGGACCUCAGGAGUUGGAGAAUUUUCGGCUGUCUCUCAAGAUGCUUAUGCACGAAUGUUCGCAGUCAAAUAUUCAGCGAGGAAAGACCUGGAUAGUUGAACAUUGUACAAGCCCAACCCAUUACGAUAGUUUAUUACGUUUCAUUAUUGCCCUCUCGAGAUCCCGGCCUUCCUUCGAAGACAAACUUCACUUGAUAUAUUUGGUCAACGACCAGAAUUCUUCCAGCAUUAUUGAAUUAGUAAUAAAAAUUUGGUAUUACAGUGAGCGUCGUCAGGAACUUUGGGUGAAAGAGACGCUGCAUCCGCACUUACUUCCGUUACUUCGUGGAGCUUUUCACUGCGUCGACGCGAAUGAGAAGCAACAGGAGAAAGUUCUCAAAAUUAUAUCUAUAUGGGGUGAUAAGCAUUACUUUGAUGAUGCCAAGAUCAGUGCUUUGAAAUCUGGAGUCAUGGUUCCUCCACCACCGCCGGGUGGACCACCGCAAACUUCAUUUUCUGGAAUUUCAUCACAAAGUCAACACUCAUUCGGUCACAUCCGAUAUCCGAGUUCGCAAUCUGUGUCAACUUUCUAUAAUCAAAGUACCCCCCCACCACCGGGAAUGUUUAGUAAUCCCAUUACUUCUGUUCAAUCAAUGGUUUCGUCGAACGCUCAUCUUUCUCCGCCAGUUUCUCACAUGCGACCUACUCCUGAGCCCGCCCCGCCGGGUAUACCUGGACAGUUUCCUUCUGGAUCGUCAUCUACGGCAGUACCAAUGCAAGGGAUUGUAUCGAGAUCCGAGGCCACACCUCCGAUCCCCACAGUCCCGGAAAAAAAAUAUUACGAAUUACCGGCAGGGCUGAUUGUACCCGCAGUCUCGUCUGAGGAUACUCCUUAUAAAUCAAUUCACGCAGCUUCCAUUAGGCUUCCCCCUCAUAGACUGCCGCCAACAACAGAAUUAUUAGAUGCUGUUGAUAAGUUUUACGAGGGGAUGAAAUUGAUAGAGUCAACAGAAGAUGCAGAUGACGAAAGUGUUGUAUCAGAAAACAAUAAAAUUGAACUCGAUAAGGACGGAUGGGAAAUAGGAUUUUUAGAUGAUUUCUACAGGGAUCUGCACGCGCAACCGAGAAGAUCGAUUGCACCGCCGUUGGUCGAGAGGCAGAAGUCAGCCGUAGUAGAUCAAGAGGUCGCAAACGGCAUAGGCGUAGCAGGAGUAGGUCUCGAUCAGGAUCGAUUUCAAGACGAAGAUAUAGAUCCCAUAGUCGGUCAAGGCACGGAUGGAGAAGAACGAGAUCACGAACUCGUUCGCGGACACGGUCUCGAAGGUGAAGACGAGUCCAGUGAAUAUAGUUCUUCAUCACGAAGAAGGUAUCGCAGCAAAUCGUAUUCUAGAUCCCGAUCAAGGUCACCGUCAUACAAUGGAGGAGUUGGGGGUUUGGGUUAUAAUAUUAAGGAACGAGACGAAGGUUCUCGACCAGAUAAGAUGAUAUCCGAUCGAAACGUAGGAUUUCAAAUGUUGAAAAAGCUAGGUUGGGAAGGAGCAGGCACAGGAUUAGGAUCAUCUGCGACAGGUAUUGCCGAACCGAUUAAAGGCGGGGAGAUUAGGUUUGGAGAGCAAAAAUAUUUGGGAGUUGGUCAUGGUAAUGGAGACGAAGAAGACAUUUUCGAUCAGUAUCGCAAAGCAAAAAGCUACACUUAUCAGAGAAGUGAAGUUGGCUCAAAGGAUAAAAAGCCAGCUGGUUGCUUUAGAUGCGGGAAGCCAGGUCACAUUGCACGAGAAUGCCCGGAUUAA